CUUGUGUGUGGUGAGGCUUUGCACGCUGUCACUGUCCUCUGCUGUCAUCCACGCCGAAGCGCAGAGUUAAAGACACAGGAGACGGUGAUCCGUUCACAUACUUUGUAAGGAGCAAACAGCACGGCGCAGUGCCAUAGCCUACCCAACGUCGCCCGACUGCUUUCUACAAACAAAUUGGAGCGCUGUGGAUUGUGGGAGCUUGUUCUGCUCGGCUUACAGUUGGCUAAGCACUCGAGCCCGGAGACAGUAUACAUAUUGCCCAGCUCUGUCCUAUCUUGAGACUCGUGGGGGCAGCAUGUCGAGUCGGGGGGGUAAGAAGAAGACCACGAAGACAUCGCGCUCCACCAAGGCGGGGGUGAUUUUCCCCGUGGGCCGCAUGCUACGCUACAUCAGACGGAGCCUCCCCAAGUACCGCAUAGGAGCGGGCGCACCUGUCUACCUGGCUGCCGUGCUCGAGUACCUCACAGCUGAGAUUCUUGAGCUAGCAGGAAAUGCCGCACGGGACAACAAAAAGGGCCGUGUCACCCCGCGCCACAUUCUGCUGGCCAUCGCCAACGACGAGGAACUCAACCAGCUCCUGAAAGGCGUUACCAUAGCAGCGGGUGGGGUCUUGCCCAACAUCCACCCAGAGCUGCUGGCCAAGAAGCGGGGGUUAAAGGGCAAGCUCGAGGCAGUCAUCAUCCCUCCACCCACCAAGAAAUCCAAGAUGUCCGCCAAAAAAGCAGCAGCCGCCAAGAGAAUGGCUGGGAAGAAGGGGCUGCCAAGAUCAAAGAGGCAGACUGCAGUAAGUAAGGCAGCCAGUGCAGACAGCACCACAGAGGGAUCACAGGCCGGGAGCUUCACCGUCCUCUCCACCAAGAGCCUGUUUCUGGGACAGAAGCUGAACCUCAUUCACAGUGAGAUCAGUAACUUGGCGGGCUUUGACGUGGAGGGGGUAAUCAAUCCCACCAAUGCUGACAUUGAUCUUAAAGAUGACCUAGGAAAUGCUCUGGAACAGAAGGGCGGUAAGAAGCUGUCUGAGGCGUGUGCUGAGAUCCGGAAGAAGAGCGGCCCCCUGGAUGUGGCCGGAGCGGUGAUGACGGCAGGUUUUGGUCUCCCUGCUAAGUUUGUCAUCCACUGCUACAGCCCCUCCUGGGGCACGGACCGCUGUGAGGAGCUGUUGGACAAAACCGUGAAGAACUGCCUGGCCCUCGCCGACGAGAAGAAGCUCAAGUCUGUCGCCUUCCCCUCCAUCGGCAGUGGCAGGAACGGGUUUCCCAAGCAGACGGCGGCGCAGGUCAUCCUCAAAGCCAUCUCCACCUACUUUGUGUCCACCAUGUCCUCCUCCAUCAAGACGGUCUUCUUUGUCCUGUUUGACAGCGAGAGCAUAGGAACCUACGUGCAGGAGAUGGCCAAGCUCGAGGGAAACUGAUGGCAUUUUUUUUUUUAAAGUUUGUUUGCACUUUUCUGAAUUAUAUACAAAUUAUAAUUAUUUUAAUGACACAAAACGAUUUAUUGAAGUUUUUUGCUAAACAGAAUUUAUGAGAAGCAACCUUUUGCAGAAAGUCUUGUUUUCCUUGUUCUUCUAUUUGAUUGUGUAUUGCUGUUGGUUCUGGCGUGUGGUGUAAGUAGCGCUGUCUGUCAGAGAGCUGAGGGAAGCCUGGCUGUGGAGAUGACACACUGCAUGUGGUAACGGAUUGGUGCAAUGUCGUGAUGUAAACUCUAGGUAAAGACUUGGCCUCAUUUUGUGUGUGUUCGUUGAAGCCAUCACUGUGUCUUAUUUUGUAAAACAGUUGCCAUACACUGUUUACUUAUUAAUAUUCAUUCUUCAUGAGAUGGAGGGAGCAGUGGGGAGUUUCAGAUGGUUGGUGGGUUAAGUAAAGUGCUCAGUUGUGA